AUGGAUCUCAAAAAAAUCACCACCAAACAGUUAUUACAGCAGCUCUCAGCUGUUGGCAUAGAAAAGCCCACUCAAAAAGAUGGCCUUGUUGCUCUCCUUCAAAAUCAUUCACGCUUUACUCGUCAUCAACAACAAGCUCAGGAUUUAGCGGCUAUUGAGCAGAAGAUUAUUGAGGGCCCAGGAAAGGCUGACUUGGAAAUGCUCCUUCACCGCAUGAUGAAAAUUCUUCUCACCGGCCUCGAUCUCACACUCCCACAGCUACCCCGGGGUACGGAGGUUCAAAUGCAAGUUAGCAUGAAUGUUACGCAUACCCAGAUUGAGAUUAUAAAUGCCGAUGAUCAGAAUCGGGGAGGCGCUCCUCCUUUAAGUGAGGAAGAUAGAAACGACAUGGCUAUGUCGAAUCUCGCAAUGGUAGAUGAAGAGGAAGAAGAGGGCAAAGGUUUAAUUGAGAAACUUCACCCUCGGCCCCGAGCCCGACCGGAAAACCAAGAGCCUGAGGACAGGGAAAGCAACACUAGUCCGAUCAAACGCAAAAGAGAAAACUCUUUGGCGUCAAGUUCAGGCUCGCAACAACCUAUCCUCUCCAAGAGUAAGGUAGAAUCAAAGGCAGGUUUUACUUCAAAUGAGCAAACCUUCGAAGCUUUUGCGCCAAAGUCCCGAUCUACACUCGUCAAACAACCUAAGAAGAAACAGAAGCGUAUUGGUGGAAGAUUCGUAUCGGGUAGGGAGUAA